AUGGCGGAUACAGAGAACACCGAAGAUGGUGGGGAGUACGAGGAGGAGCAAAAGUUCAUGGAGGAGCACAUGAUGGAGGAGGGCAUCGAGGAUGAUCUGUUCUCGCGCCUGGGCGAGUCCUCCGACGAUCCGGAGCAGAAGCGCAUGUACAUGGAGUAUCUGGCACUGAUCAAGGAGAUCGACUGCCAGAACAAGAUCAUCCAGGACAUCAAGGGCAAUGUGAUGGACAUGUGCUCCAAGCCCUGCCAGACCCGCAACGACAUGCGCGAGAUCAAGCGCCUGCGCGUGUGCAUGGAGCAGGAGAACAUCAAACUCCACACCAUGAUGCGGCGUGCCAUCGAGCUGCAGAACUUUGGCUCGCAUCGGCACUACCAGGAGGUGAACCUGACCACCACCGUGGACGAGGAUCAGCUCUCGCCCUACAUGUGCAACAUGGGCACAUGCAACGGGCUGCGGGAUAGCUCGGCGGAACCCUGCAGCGAUGAGGCCAGCUCUUGUGCCAGUCAUGGCGGUGGCGGUGGAGCGAUGGAUGAGCGACUGAUCUGUGCCCUGCAGAAGGCCAUGCAGAAGAUGAAGGGCGCCUGUCCGGAGGAUAGGCGCAUGAUGCAGGAGAUUGCCGCUGCCAUAAUGGCCUGCAAGAGCAAGCCGCCCGUCUGCAGUCCCGGACCCUGUGGCGCGAAGUCUCCCUGCCCGGAGAGCAGCAGCAGCGUGUGCCCCGCUGCACCGCCCUGUCGUUCGGCCAAGCGCUCGCAUGGCCAUGCCCCAUGUCCGCAGAACUCCUCCGCGCCCUCACACACAGAGUCCAUGGACAGGCUGAAGCAUCGCAUUGUGAAAAUGCAGUGUGCGGUGAAGAAGUUGCUGCACGAAGUGAGCCAGCGCGAGGGGCAGGAGCCGUGCGAUGAUCAGAGCGAGGAUGAGGAGCCUUGCGCCCGCCCAUGCCCGGCACGUCCGCCCUGCCCGGAGGAACCCGAUCCACUGGUCAUCUGCGGCGGCAAGCUCAACACCAAGGCGGACAAGUACGAAAAAAUGAAGGAGAACUACACGCGGCUGCUGACCGAGUUCCAGCGCAAGGAUUGCCAGAUGAAGGAGAUGCAGAAAAGAAUGAAGGGCAUUUGUGGCAGCGGCCCAUCGAAAGGCGGCGAUGGAGAGGCCGAUGCUGCCGAGUUGAAUCUGCUGCGUGCACGCGUCAAUGAGCUGAAGGAGGAGCAGCAGGAGUUCAAGUGCAUCAUGAAGGAGCAGUCGCAGCAGCUGGAGGACUACCGCAACAAGUACCUGCUGGCCCAGCAGAAGGUCGAGGAGCAGUGCGUGUCGCUGGAGAAGCUGAACAUGAACAACAAGCGCAUCGAGCAGCAGAUCAACACGGAGGUGAAGGAGAUCCGUGCCAAGUUCCAGGAGAAGCUCAACGAGCUGCUCCACUUCCCCAAGCUGCUGGAGAACGAGCAGCUGAAGCUGGCCCAGAUCUGCAAGGAGAAGGACGAGCUGCAGGGCAAGCUGGUGGUCGUCUGCAAGGAGCUCAAGUCCUGCAAGGCCCAAAUGAGCUCCCCCACCUCGGUGGACGUGCGCCCACAACUAGCCCAGUGCCAGCUGGAGCUCACGCAGGCCCGCAACGAACUGGAGGAGCUGCUGCGCCAGCGAGAUCUCUUCUGCGAACAGCUGAAGGCCACCCAGGACGACCUCGACACACUGCGCACUGAGUCCGCCAAGAUCAUAGCCGGCACCAAAGAGCGCGCCGAACUGAUUAAAUCCCAGCAGCAGGAGCACAUCAAUCGCCUCGAGAAGGAGCUGGCCCAGUGCCGUGCCACCGCCUCACUGUCCGUCAACGAUCGCGAGGCCGUCAUACGCGAGAUGCAGGGUCAGCUCAACACGCUCUCCUACAGCUUCGAUGCCGCCCAGAAGCAAAUCAAGACGCUGCGCAACCACAUUGCCUAUGUAUCCAAUGAGAAUUGUUUCCCAGUCAAGUGCUAGGUGGGCCCAAGCAGAGAGCUGUGAUUCAUGAUUCCAAAUUGUUCUGUUAAAACAUAAAUUCUAGAGCAAGUCUUUCCAUAUAAAAUGCA